GCGUGGCGUUCACAUUUGGUAAGAAAGAUCAAUCGAACACCUGAUCUGACCACCAUGACCAACCGACCAGGCAUAGUUACGUUAUUACCCCUUAGGAGCCAGCCGAUGUCGCAGCUCCUAAUCAAUAAUUUGUUCAAAAAGUAAGGGCAUUUCCGUUAAUUCAAAAUACAACAGCAAUCACCUCCUUCCAUAACGCGUUGGUAUUAAGCUUCGUUUUUCAAUUUCUCCUACUCAUUCUCGCGCGCUAGCUCUCUCUGCGAUUUUCCGACUGAGUCAAAUAUCUCCAGAAAGGGAUCAACAGCUGAGAGCAGAAAUGGGGUUGACAUUCACGAAGCUUUUCAGCCGGCUUUUUGCCAAGAAGGAAAUGCGAAUUCUGAUGGUGGGUCUUGAUGCAGCUGGUAAGACUACGAUCCUGUACAAGCUCAAACUUGGAGAGAUCGUCACCACUAUUCCCACUAUUGGAUUUAAUGUGGAGACUGUGGAAUACAAAAACAUCAGUUUCACUGUGUGGGAUGUUGGUGGUCAGGACAAGAUUCGUCCCUUGUGGAGGCACUACUUCCAAAACACCCAGGGUCUCAUAUUCGUGGUGGACAGCAAUGACAGAGACCGUGUUGUGGAGGCAAGGGAUGAGUUGCACAGAAUGUUGAAUGAGGAUGAGCUGCGAGAUGCACUGUUGCUUGUAUUUGCUAAUAAGCAGGAUCUUCCAAAUGCAAUGAAUGCUGCUGAGAUCACUGACAAGCUUGGGCUACACUCCCUCCGUCAGCGUCACUGGUACAUCCAGAGCACCUGUGCUACCUCUGGUGAGGGCCUUUAUGAGGGCUUGGACUGGCUCUCCAAUAAUAUUGCUAACAAGGCGUAAAACAAACGAUGAGACUUUUUGUGGAAUGAGAAUUCUGGAUGCAGGGUGAAUAUUAUCUAGUGGAUUUGAUUUUCUUUUUGAGAGAACUGGAUUGUGUUUACAUCGCUUUUCUUUUUGGGAUGAUCCUUACAUUUAGGACCCUUUAGAUGGUUAUAUAUUGUUGUAGAAUAUUGGGUGGAUGUACUAUUGAGCAUCUUUGAUGCAAUGUUUCUAGCUGUAAUUGAAAUGUAUUUUACUGCACCA